AUGCUACUACCCUGUUAUCACCCCGCCUUCCCUCCUUUCCCUCCCUUUCCUCCCUCCACUCCCUCUUCUCAUCCCCUCUCCCAACAACCCUUACUCAUCUGUCGCACAACCCUCUUCCGGUCCCUGCGUGCCCCCAUGCCCCUCCCCAUGUGGAUUCCCUCCCCCCACACUCCACCGUGCCCGCUGACCUCCGUGAGCCCGCGGCUGCACCCCCUGCGUCCAACCCUCUCCGGCCUUCGCUGGCAGUCAAGCUGUUCCGCAGGCGCUGGCGGCAUGGGGGCAGCUUGGGGGCGGCUGGCAGGCGUGGUCGUGCAGCAGCAUGUGAGUGCUGCUCCAGCGCAUGUGAGUGCUGCUCCAGCGCAUGUGAUUGCUGCUCCAGCGCCUGUGAGUGCUGCUCCAGCGCAUGUGAGUGCUGCUCCAGCGCAUGUGAGUGCUACUCCAGCGCAUGUGAAUGCUGCUCCAUCGCAUGUGAGUGCUGCUCCAGCGCAUGUGAGUACUGCUCCAGCGCAUGUGAGUGCUGCUCCAGCGCAUAUGAGUGCUGCUCCAGCGCAUGUGAGUGCUGCUCCAGCGCAUGUGAGUGCUGCUCGAGCGCAUGUGAGUGCUGCUCCAGCGCAUGUGAGUGCUGCUCCAGCGCAUGUGAGUGCUGCUCCAGCGCAUGUGAGUGCUGCUCCAGCGCAUGUGAGUGCUGCUCCAGCGCAUGUGAGUGCUGCUCCAGCGCAUGUGAGUGCUACUCCAGCGCAUGUGAAUGCUGCUCCAGCGCAUGUGAGUGCUGCUCCAACACAUGUGAGUGCUACUCCAGCGCAUGUGAGUGCUGCUCCAACGCAUGUGAGUGCUGCUCCAGCGCAUGUGCGUGCGUGCAGUGCGGCAGAUGGGACGCACCAUCAACGUCCCAGGCAUCCCUCUCCUCACCUCAGUACAUUGCCCCAUCUGUAG